AUGAGACAAACUAUAGAUGAAGGUGUCAGUGAGGUGCUCUCCUGUGUGGUGGAGGAUGUCGGUCACGCUGUCAGCAGAAACGUUGGCGGCGCUGAGCUUCUUCACGAGCUCCUGAACGCCCCGUGGCUACGCUCUCUGCUGCAGAUUUACGAGUGCCUGUUGGAUUUCGAGAUGUUGACCCCCACACCUCUCCUGCCUUACGCCUCAGGACUCUCACAUGAGAUCAUGUCUGCAGUUCAGAUGAUCCAACAUCCGUCAGCUGAAGCCAGAGAGCUGCACUGCCUGCUGAGCUCACCUCACAUCCAGGCGCUGCUCUCCUCCCACGACAGUGUAGCGCAGGCGGACUUCGGGCCGGUGUUGCCUCCUCUUCCUGACGACAUGGCGGAGGACGAGGAGGCCAUGAGGAUCGUCUGUCUGGUGAAGAACAACCAGCCGCUGGGCGCGACGAUAAGGAGAGACGAGGAGACGGGAGCCAUCUACAUCGCGAGGGUGAUCCACGGAGGCCUGGCCGACCGCAGCAGACUCCUCCACGCUGGGGAUCUGCUGGUGGAGGUGAACGGGAACCCGGUUGCCGGUCUGGAGCCGGAGCAGGUCAUCCAGAUACUGAUGAACUCCCAUGGAACGAUCCUGUUUAAAGUCAUUCCUGAUGCAGCGCAGAGCAGCGGAAACAGCCAGAAGACGGUGUUCAUGAAGGCGAUGGUGGACUACUGCCCCCUGCUGGACACCUGCAGCCCCUGCCCCCCUGCAGGCAUGAUGUUCAGCAGAGGAGAGCUGCUGCAGGUCGUGGAUCAGAGCGACGCCAGGUGGUGGCAGGCUAGGAAGAUAAGCUCCUCCCCCAUGAAGAUAAGCUCCUCCCCCUCCUCUUCCUCCACCUGUGCCGGGAUCAUCCCCUCCGCUAGCAUGCUCCGGAGUAAACAGAGGGAGAAUUGGUGGUCUCAGCCCCUUCAGGUUCACACCUGCAUCAAACCCCUGACCGUGGGAGGAAGCGCCGAUAACAUUCAAACACCUGCUGAUGAACACCUCCCGGCAACAGACGAGGCGGACUCUGAUGUUACCGAUGGGAUUUACCUCGCUGGUUUCCGGCGUAGUUUCCGUCUGUGGAGGCGCACGUCGUACAGAAGGAGGCGUCAGUCCUGCAGCUCCUGCUCCCCCGACACCAGCUCCCUCUGCCCCCCCUACGAGGAGGUGGCUCUGUACCAGCGCCCCCCCCAGGAGAACCACCGCCUCAUCAUCCUGCUCGGUGCGACCCGGGUUGGAGUGAAUGAACUGAGGAAGAGUCUGAUCAAACUGAACCCGUCCAGCUUCCAGAGUCCCGUCCCUCACACCACUCGUCCAAUGAAAGCGGGAGAGCAGACAGGAAGAGAAUAUCACUUCAUCACCAGAGAGCUGUUCGAGUACAUGGUCUGUAACCACAGGUUUGUAGAGUACGGAGAGUUUAAAGGUCAGCUCUACGGGACGAGCACCGACUCCAUCGAUGACGUCCUGAGACAAGCACGGAUGUGCAUCAUCGACGUGGAGCCACACAGCAUCCAGCCGCUGCGCUCAAAGAAGCUGAAGCCGUUCGUGAUCUUCAUCAAACCUCCGGCCGCCGACCGGCUCAGAGAAACUCGGAGAAACGCCCGAAUCCUGUCGAGCUGCAGAGAGACACGAGAGUUCAGAGAGGAGGACUUUGUGGAUCUGGAGGAAACGUCCCGUCUCAUCGAAGAAAAAUACAAACAGUUCUUUGACUUCACGCUGGAGAACAACGAGCUGCAAGAAUCCUGCAGGAAACUCUGCUCCAUCAUAAAGGAGGCGCAGGAGGAGGAGCAGUGGAUACCAGUCAGCUGGAGCAGAGAGGAGGAGUGA